AUGUGGUGGAUCUUGAUGGUGGCGGUGGUAGUCGCGGCGGCAGGCGGCGGUGGGGUGGCGGCCGCGGUCACUUGCAGCCCAUUGCAGCUGAGCUCGUGCGUGUCGGCGAUCAGAUCGUCGACCCCGCCGUCGAAGCUGUGCUGCACCAAGAUCAAAGAGCAGAGGCCCUGCCUCUGCCAGUACAUGAAGAACCCGGCGCUGAAGCCGUAUGUGAACACCCCUAACGCCAGGAAGGUCGCCUCAACUUGUGGGACCCCCUUCCCCAAGUGCUAA